UUGGUCCCCUGCCCUGGAUCCCUCUUUGGGAUCAUGUUUAUUGACUACCUAGGAUAUCAAAUAUGUAUUCAUAAUGGUGAUAUAUUCUAAGAAUAAUUUAUUUGUUUAUUACAGUCAGUCUGUUGCUGAUUUAUUGCUGUUGCUGUUACUCUAUGGCUGUUAAUUAAUACAUUGAAAUGGCUUCAGCAUUGAUGUUGUUUUAUCGGUUUUCACCAGAUCUCAUGAAAAGUACAUACCUGGGACAGCUGUAUUCUGGAUAGCUAGUGUACAUGUAUAAUGAAGGCUCUGAAUAAUGUGCAUCUAUAAUGAAGGCUCUGAAUAGUGUGCACCUAUAAUGAAGACACAUCUGUCAACACUGCACGAUCAGACCACUGCACAUCCAGUCCACCACAACGGAUGGUGAGAAGACUUUAAGAGGUGAGGAUGUUACGAGAUGUCAACAAUGGCUACCGUGGCUUGUUGGUGAUUCUGUCGGCGUUCAUGAUCCAGUUCAUAUCAUUUGGAAUCAGCCUGUCGAUCGGAGUCUACAAUGUCGAGUUCCUCGAUUACUGGUCGGACAGGAAAACCGUGUCCGUGUCUCUCAUCGGGGCCAUCAACAUCGGGUUCUUUCUCGGGGCCGGGCCACUGACGAGUUUCCUCAUGUGGAAGUUAGAACAUCGGACCAUCGUGAUGAUCGGCGCUGCUCUGUCCACGGUCGGGAUGCUGCCUCUACCGUACCUGUCCAGUCUCGACUAUUAUUGCGCUUUCUAUGGGGUAUUAGCAGGUCUUGGUUUCUGUUUUGUGUACGUUCCAUCCCACGUGAUGAGUGGCUUGUAUUUCGACAAACACCGCAGCCUGGCAACUGGCGUGGCGACCGCAGGUUCGGGUCUCGGCAACACUGUGAUGCCGAUUUUCAUCGCGUAUCUGAUUGAAGAGUACAGCUGGAAAGGAUCGCUGUUGAUACUGGCGGGCUUGUGCUUCAACCUGUUUGUGUUCGCGGCGCUGCUGUCUCCCUUGCCUCCCAACACCACGAUGGAGUUGAUCGUACAGGAAGACGUUAAAGAAAGGGAGACAAUGUUGAUGGUGCAGUUGGAAAACGUUGCUCUUAAGCAACCACAAGAACCAGAAACUAUUUCAGACAUAGAGGUACUUGUACAGGAAAGAGGUUUAGAAGACUGCAACAAAAUGUCACUCAAUAAAUCUGGAAGUACAUGUACAUGUACGAAGGAAGUAAACACACAACAGAACUGUUUAGAAAAUGUCGACACGCAGUCAUUUGAAGAAUCAGAAAUUUCAACUCAUGCAGUACCAGGCGAAUCUGGAACCAUGGAGAAAAACAACACUCCACAGUGUUCUGAAAAAGACGAACAUAGUAAAAAACCUUUAUCCAUUUUCUGUGAUUUUAAAUUUGACGUGUUCUUUUUCAACAACCUGCUGUGGAACACCACCAGCCUCAUGGCAUUUUCUUUUGCUCCCGAGUUCUUUGUGACCCGAGACAUCAGCAAGAUAGACGCCGCCUUCAUGAUGACUGUGUGUGGGUUCGGCACCUUCACGGGUAGUGUUCUUGGAGGGGUGGUCGGCAACUGUGCGUGCGUGAAUCGACUUGUCUUCUACACGGUAGCGUGUCUGAUGCUCGGUCUGCCGCUGGUCCUGCUGCCGAUAGUGGAGUCCGACCUGAUCGUCUAUACCGCCCUGAUGUUGGGCUUUGGCAUGUUCUUCGGCAUCGUGCUGGGUCUGCUCGUUAUCAUCACGUCCGAUCUGCUGGGUUCAGAUCGCAUUGGAGACGGGCUCGGAUUCCUGAUGCUGUCAAAUGGAAUUGGUUGUUUCGUAGGACCAGUACUUGCAGCGGCUAUACGGGAGGCAAUGGGCAACUACGACUCUGUGAUGUACACGGCUGGACUGAUUUGUGUUCUGUCUGCCGUUCUUAUGAUGCUCAUUCCAGUGCAGGCCCUACUCUGCGACAGUCACAGUAGAAAGCACGACAUGGCAUUAAAAUAUACGUCAGUGCAGGAAUCGUCCUGACGGAGGUUCUGCAUGAAAAGAUAAAUAAUCUUCAACCACAUUUUUGUAUGCUAUUAUCUAUCUGUAAAUUAUGUAUGCAUAUCAGGGGUCGAAAUACUAUCAGCCCGAAUGGUUUUUGCUGCUAAAUAUCUCCAUGGGCCCGGAUACUUUUUUGGGGGUUGGGGGGGGAGGGGUUGAGGUGAGGGUUGAAGCGGCAAUUAUUUCAUGUUUAUAAUUUAUAUUCACGCAUUAGUUUGAGUCAUUGUGUUUGGUUCUGCAGGUUUUGAUUUGGGCUGGCAGAAGUUGUUUCAAAAUUACUAAAGCAUCUGACUGUGUUUUGAAGAAAAUCUUGUAAUUAAAAAACUGUAUUAUGGAUGUGAAGUGAAAUUACAGUAAGAUGUGUUAUAGUUAUUGUGUAUGAAAGCGUGCAUAAGAUGACUGUCAUUAACCUUAGGAUCAAUGCUACUGUGAGGACUCAAUGGAAUUUGUAUUUCUUUCAUAACAUCCAUACAUACAUGUACAUGUAUACUAGCUAUUAGUCAAUCUGAGCUGUAAAUUGUGUUCCUGAUUUCAAGCCCUGAAAACAUAAUUAUUUUAAUUAUUAUUGACCUGUUUAUAAAUUGACUCGAGAUAAACGGCCUAAAAUAUUUUUUAAAAUUCCAAUUUUCAGCAAAUGAGAAUUAUGAAUAGAUAAUAUGUGUGUUAUUGAAAGAAAAACAAAUUAUUUUCGGAAUUUCGGAUUGAUACGUCAUGUAUUUCAUUUCCAAUCAGUUUCAAGCUAAACAUUAAUUAUUACAUGUAGUGUUUAACAUAACGUUGUAUUCAUGUACGCUUUGGUAUAUCUAAGACCGUGGUAUGUGCUAUCCUGUCUGUAGGUUGGUGCACAUAAAAGAUCCCAUUACUUUUUCCCUGCCUUUGCUUGGCUCUGUGCUGCAUCCCGUUUACACUGUACACUGUCUGCCAUUAUGUGUGUAAUCCAUGCAAGGGUGGGGGGGGGGGAUAAUGUCCAUCUUGUGAAUUUGCUUGGCUCUGUGCUGCAUCCCGUUUACACUGUACACUGACUGCCAUUAUGUGUGUAAUCCAUGCAAGGGUGGGGGAGGGGGUAAUGUCCAUCUUGUGAAUUUGCUUGGCUCUGUGCUGCAUCCCGUUUACACUGUACACUGUCUGCCAUUAUGUGUGUAAUCCAUGCAAGUGUGGGAGGGGGUUAAUAAUGUCCAUCUUGUGAAUUUGCUUGGCUCUGUGCUGCAUCCAUUUUACACUGUAGACUGUCUGCCAUUAUGUGUGUAAUCCAUGCAAGGGUGGGGGGGGUAAUGUCCAUCUUGUGAAUUUGCUUGGCUCUGUGCUGCAUCCCGUUUACACUGUAGACUGUCUGCCAUUAUAUGUGUAAUUCCAAAAUAAAACUGAACCUGUGAUGUUUACUUGACAUAAUGUCAGUGCCAAAUGGUGCCAGGUGGUCUUUCUUCUUAUGUUAUUGUAAGAUUUAUUUUUAUUAAUCUAAUCAUGCACCAGUGAGUUACGUAUCCAAGGACUUGAUUUUCUUGAGACUCGUGUCAGAUAAACCAGCUACAAGAGGACUCAUGCUAGAAACUAUUAUUAUUGUUUCUUAAAGUAUACUCGUCAAAACAAAGUGUGUAACUGUUCAAAAGAACUGGAGUUCUGGGUCCAUAUUUCCGAAGCUAUCUUAAGCACAACAAAAUCAUAAAACAGUCAUAAUUUAUGACAUCACUAUAGCACCUACCAUAAUGACAUCAUAGCCUACGAUGGUUUUACGAUUUCAUAGUGUUAAGAUUGCUUCAAAAAUAUGGGCUCAGAUGUUUGCUCUUCAUAAAUAGAGGAUAAUAAACGAGUUACCAGUUACUAUCAAAUUUAUGUCCCGAGUGAAAUAGUUUUCAGUUGUCACGAGCUUUACUCAUUUCGUAAAAUCAGUACGACACACAAGCUCGUAUAAUAAUCUCUAUAUAUUACAUAGUGUCAAAUGGUGGUUGUUACAAUAUAUUUAUUUGAUUCGUCUGGAACUGGACAUUUACUUUUUAAAUUUUUAUUAUUAUUAAUUUUUUUAAUCUGCUGUUUACCAAAGUUGAAACUCAAGAUUAAAGUGAUAACAUAUGUUGACAUUGUGGGUGUUUGGCAUAAUAAGAAACACAGAUUAAAAAGAGACCUGCAUUUGUUUUACUGGACAAGAUACUUACAAUUAUAUAAAUUUAAAAUUUCAACUAAGUAACUCCUAAACAUUUAUAAACUGGCUCAAAGUAACACCACAAGAAAUUACCAUAUAUUAUAUUUACUCUUUCUUAGCUAGAGAGUGUAACUUGAAGUGUUCUACAGUUGAGAACAACUGGACUUUUGAUGUUUACUUUACAUACAUGUAUACCCGGUGCAUGUAAUAUCAGUGUUAAAUGGUGGUCUUUCUUUUAUGUUAUUAUAAGAUUUAUUUGUAUUAAUCUAAUCAUGCACCAGUGAGUUGACAAUUUUAUACUUCAGAGGAACUGGACAUUUGUUGUCUUUUGUUGUGGUUUUUUGUUUGUUUUUUAUUUAAUCUACUGUAUGUACCAAAUUUUACAAAUGUUAUCAAUGUCAAAUGGUAGUCGUUGGUGUUAAUAUAUUUUUUAAUUAGUCUAAUCCACAGGUUACGCAAAUAUAAUUCACAUAACCAAACAAUAAUAUUAGUUCCCUAGGUAAAAACUAUGUGAACCGACUUCCGUUUACCUCAGAUUUAAAAAUAUUGUCGCCUACACUUACAUGUAUGUCUUUUGACUACAUGCAUGUAUAUAUAUACAUUUUACAUUGUGAUAGCUGUAUGUGAAAAUGUUUAUUAGUAUUAUUACUUAUGUUAGUAAUAAUACUACUUUAAAAAUAUAAAUUGUGUAUAUAAUUAUUGUAACAACACGUCUUCUCCCUUUGCAUGGGUUGAUAUUUGUCAACAAGGGAAUGGUUAAGAAAAAAUAAACAGUAAAAAAACCUUUAAAAAAACCCUACCUUUUUAUUUGGAAUUCUGGGCCCGUGCUUAUUAAACUUUAGAGGGACGGGAUUUAGCUUGGUCGAUUGAGGUCACAAAUGACGUACAUGUGUAGCACUUAACGGACACUCCAGUAUACACAGAUUUGCUUGUGGAUAUCCCACUGAUUAUUUUGAACCGAAUUGUUCGUUUUUCAGUGUAGUUUGUAAAACUGCCAAGUCAUAAUCACAAUACCUUUUUUUUCGUUUUGUUGUUGUGAAUACAUGUAUAUUAUUUUAAUUAAUUCUGCUUAUAAAGUAGUUACUACAUUGUGUGUGUAUAAAUUGUGUAUAUAAUUAUUGUAACAACACGUCUUCUCCCUUUGCAUGGGUUGAUAUUUGUCAACAAGGGAAUGGUUAAGAAAAAAUAAACAGUAAAAAACCUUUAAAAAAACCCUACCUUUUUAUUUGGAAUUCUGGGCCCGUGCUUAUUAAACUUUAGAGGGACGG